AUGCUUCUCCGGCAGGGGAAGAUUGAGGCGUUAACGGACAUGCGUCUCGGCGUGGACGCAGUCUUUUGGCUGCGUUCGCUGGCGAGUUUGAAGGAUCCCCUUGCAGAGGCGAUUGGCGGCCUCCCCCCCUCUCUGUUUGCUGUGUUGUCGCAGCAAGUCGCGCUGUUCAAGGAGCACAAGAUCCCGACCUUCUUCGUGUUUCAGGGCCUGCAGCCUCGCUCCCACACGCUGUUCUCCUCGCAGAUCCACCAACAGAUCGACGAGGGCUGGGUGUUGUAUGCCCACGGCGGCGGACAAGUGGCGCUCUCCAAGUUCGCCCAUGCGACCAGCCGCAUCAACUCGGACUUGGUUCACUUCUCCUUCCACUUUCUGAAGAGCAAAGGCUGCGAGUGCUUCCAGGCGCCCUUCUUCGCCACUGCGCAGCUCGCCUACUUCGCCGAACAGAACUUCCUCGACGCGAUCUUCGGCCCGCCGUCCCUGCUCCUCUUUGGCGUCCCGCGCGUCAUCGUCAACAUCGACUGGGCCAGAGGCACCUUCGACUGGGUAGAACUCGAGCAACUCCUCACGACGUGGAAUGUCACGAAGGAGCAGUUCAUGGACGCCUGUCUCCUUGCCGGGACCGAGUAUUGCCUCACCUUCCCCUAUCUGAACCUCUCGCAGUUCCACCAAGGCCGCGCUCAGUUCUCCUUCGGCACUGCCAUCGACUUCGUCAAGCAGGCGCCCCUCGUCUCCUACAUGCAACACUUCCCCAACGAAGAAAUGAAGCAGGACCAUGUCGACGGGUACUGCGUCUGCAAGACACUUCUCCAGUACCCUCUGGUUAUUCAAUUGUCGGCUACCGUGGGGCCCUUCGUGUCGAGUUCGGCCGGCUCGAAUCAGCGCUCGGUUCUUCCUCGCGACUUCCACCGCAUUGUUGGCCACCGUCUCCCCUUUGCUGUCUACUUCUUGAUGGCUCAAGGCAUCCUCUCCCGCAAGCUGCCUUCAGUCCUUGCACUCGGCGAGUGGAUGGACUUCUCUCACCCCUGCGUGGACUCCAUUGAGUAUCGCGACCUUCUCACCGACGUCAGAGAGUACCGGUGUCGAGCGCUAGGAUUGAUCGCUAUGCGUCUCCACGAGGACUACCGAACGCGGAGCAUCCGUUUCAGUCGGUACACCUGCUCACUCUCAGCACGGGGGGACAGCGAGGUGGAGUCGCUUCCGCCCAAGAUCGACGGGACCGUUGCGCGGUGCUGGCUGAUCGAUGCAGAGAGCGUGCAGAAGGAGAUGCGGCGGCAAAACUGCACGAAAAUCGAUCUGAAAUUCUGUCUUAACUGGCACACCCAUGCACAGGAAAAUGGGGUUGCCCUCUUCGACGAGCGCGCAGACUACCUGGCGGAAAAUGCGCCCCCGGCGAUCAACCAGCAGGACUCGCAGAGUGUCCUCGCCCUCGUUCACUUCAUGCUGCUUGACAACUUGAGUUACUUCACGGAGCAAGGCGAAACCACGGUCUUCGGCUCGGCCUUGAUGAACUCACCCAGCGAACUGCAGGAAGAUGUUCUGUUCGUUCUCGAACUCCUCAAGUUUGGGCUGUUGACAGGGGACGUGUUGGAAGCCCCGAAAGAUCGUCCUCAUCCGGCAGGCGUGCAACUCCUGCGUCGUCCUGACACUCCCGCAGAGAAGCGGCGAAGCAUUCUUCUUCUGUCGCGAGUUUGUUCCCUGUACCCCAUGCGCCUGCAUGCGGGAAGCCACUGGCAGGGGGACGUCGAUUUCGACUUGGCUGCUUACUCGUCGAUUAUCAAAAUCUUGAAGCGUUCUCUGAGACAGCUUACAGAGGCAUGCCUCGCGAGUCUCCUGCUGAGAGACAUCACGAAGGUGAGACAGCUUCCCGAAGGGUACUUUAGUCCUCUUCAGCCGAGGCUCCCGUGCUUCUUGCUUCCGCGAAACUGCAUGGGCAUCGUCAUGAAAUUCUUCCUGGAAUAUGUGCCGAUGGAAGGACCUGUAGCCGCUUCUGCGCCCCUCCCGUCUUCUUCCAUCCCGCAAAAUUCCCCUCUUGGGAAAUUUGAGGCCUGCGUGCGCAUGUGGUAUCCCUGCUGCGAAAACCCAUUAAGUGAUCUCUGCAAAACAGUCUUGUUCUGGCACGAAAUUGCAAAUAUGAUCAACCAGUUAAAUUCCUCGAUCGACGUUAGUGAAUUGAAGGAGGACGUGGAUGCAGCGACAGAUUUCUUGAUGAGACAGUGCCGGCUUGUCGGACUUGAUACUCAUCCCGACUUCCCACGUCUGUAG